UACUGCACGAUUUAUGUAAGAUUCUAACGCCUCUACACCAACGGGUAUUAACAUAAAAGCAGAUUCCACCUCCUUUUUGUUUGCCCGAUGACGCUGAUACAGCAGUGAGCCAGAGGCAUGUGUGUAUGAGAGAGAGAAAAUGCCUGUCUCCCACUUUUUUUCAGUCUUUACCGAGUAUCUAAAGAUUGCGGGAAAUUCCAUUGAGGCAAGCAUCCGAGGAGAAUUAUCUGGGGACUUUGAAAAACUGAUGCUGGCUGUAGUGAAAAAUAUCAGGAGUACAGCUGAGUAUUUUGCUGACAGAUUGUUCAAAGCAAUGAAGGGCUUUGGGACAAGGGACAACACACUGAUUCGCAUCAUGGUGUCACGGAGUGAGAUUGAUAUGUUGGAUAUUCGGGAGAUAUUCAGGACUAAAUAUGAGAAAUCUUUGCAUCAUAUGAUUGAGAGUGACACAUCAGGUGAUUACAAAAAAGCACUGCUGAAACUAUGUGGUGGAGAUGAUGAUGCCGCAGGUGAGUUCUUUCCUGAAGCUGCGCAGGUGGCCUAUCAGAUGUGGGAACAUAGUGCAGUGGCCAAAGUGGAGCUGAAAGGAACCAUUCAUCCAGCUGCCAAUUUCGACGCUGAUGGUGAUGCAAAAGUGCUCCGGAAAGCCAUGAAGGGGUUUGGCACUGAUGAAGAUGCAAUCAUUGAGGUGGUCACACAGAGGAGUAAUGACCAGAGGCAAGAAAUCGUAAAAGCAUACAAGUCUCAUUAUGGCCGGGACCUUAUGGCAGACCUGAAAUCUGAAGUAUCCGGACCCUUGGGGAAAGUUAUUCUUGGACUGAUGAUGCCACCAGCCUUCUAUGAUGCAAAGCAACUGAAGAAAGCCAUGGAGGGGGCUGGAACUGAUGAAAGUGUUCUCAUUGAAAUUUUGGCCACACGGAAUAACAAAGAGAUUCAAGCAAUUAAUGCAGCAUAUAAAGAAGUCUAUCAUAAAUCUUUGGAGGAUGCGCUGAGUUCUGACACUUCAGGACAUUUCAAAAGGAUCCUGGUCUCUCUGGCACUGGGUAGCCGUGCUGAAGGAGGAGAGGACUUUGCAAAGGCUCAUGCCGAUGCUCAGGUGGUUGCUGAAACCCUGAAAUUGUCCGAUGUUUCUGGUGAUGAUUCAACAUCCCUUGAGACACGCUUUCUGAGCAUCUUGUGCACACAGAGCUAUCCCCAACUCAGGAGAGUCUUCCAGGAGUUCAUUAAGAUGACAAAUCAUGAUGUAGCCCACGCCAUCAACAAACGGAUGUCCGGAGAUGUCCGGGAUGCCUUUUUAGCUAUUGUGCGGAGUGUUAAGAACAAGCAAGCUUUCUUUGCUGACAAGCUAUACAAGUCCAUGAAGGGUGCUGGCACAGAUGACCAAACUCUCAUCAGGAUCAUUAUUUCAAGGAGUGAAAUUGAUCUGCUCAACAUCCGGCGUGAAUUUUGGGAGAUAUAUGACAAGUCUCUACAUCACAUGAUUGAGAAGGAUACUUCAGGAGAUUACUGCAAAGCACUGCUAGCUGUUUGUGGAGGAGAAGAUUAAGCAGUCAGUGUGUGCUCUAGAAGCCUGUCUUAUCUGAGCUGUUGUCCUCACUUAUGUGCAACCUAGAAGUUACAGUUGCUUUGAAAACUUCGAGAAUAUUUUGGAUUCACUGAGAGGUCUCACUUUGUGUUAGGGAAGAUUAGCUAUGUUAUCACAGAAGAGCUUAAUAUUGCGAACAGCAAAGACUGCAGGGAUAGCUCAGUCCAAUGUGGGGUGGGGGGAACGGUCUAAUUUUGUCAAACCUGACCAGUGGUUACCUGUUUAAUGAAGCCAUACCUUUGUAGGUAUUGUGAACCAGAGAAAUAAAAUGUUGUAUGUUGCCGGG